AUGCAAAUACGUGUGCCAAAGCUGGCCUGUCAGCCGGUAACAUGGUUGAAUCUCCUCCCUUCCUUUUUCCUGUCUCUUCACAUUCCUUCCCCCCCACACCCAAUACCACCACCACCACCACCACCACCACCACCACCAUCACGAUCAUCACGACAGGAGGCAGCGUUUGCACCAACCCUGCGGGGGAGGAGGAAGGUGCUGGUGGCAACUAACAUUGCAGAGACUUGCCUCACCAUCGAGGGCAUAGUCUACGUGGUCGACUGUGGCUUUGUCAAGCAACGAUUCUUCGACCCUGUGUCCAACGUGGAUGCGUUGCUGCUAGUGCCCGUGUCACGAGCAUCAGCGCAGCAGAGGGCAGGCAGGGCCGGGAGAGUGAGGCCGGGGAAAUGCUACAGACUAUACACGGAGCACAGCUACAUGACAGAUCUUGCCGCCCACACAUUCCCGGAGAUCCAGCGAUCAGAUCUCACAGCAACAGUGCUGCAGCUCAAGUCCCUCGGCAUCGACAACAUCAUGCGAUUUGAUUGGCUCUCGCCGCCCGCGCCGCCCGCCAUGAUCCGCGCACUAGACACGCUCUUUGCCGUCCGGGCGCUGGAUGUGGACGGCAGACUGACCAAGCCUGUUGGAGUCCAGCUGGCAGAGUUUCCUCUGGACCCUCUAGUUGCCUUCAUGCUUCUUGUCUCAGCCAAUGCGCCUGGCACCACUGCUGCUGGCGCUGCUGGCGCUGCAGCUGGGGGGAAGAAGGUGUGGGUGGGCAGCAGCGGCAGGCAGAGAGAGUCAGACCGACUCAAGGAGAGAUUUGCAGCAGCAGAGGGCGACUUUGUCUCCUACCUGAACGUGUACGAGGGCUUUACUCGCAGUGGCAGGUCGCCCAAGUGGUGCCACGCCAACGGCAUCAACUACCAGGCCAUGCUGCGAGUUGACGAUGUGAGGGGGCAGCUGCGGAAGGGCCUGAGGCGACUGGGCCUCAAGCUGCUGUCAUGCAGGGGAGACGUCAUGACGCGCCUUCCGCAACCAAAUGGGGAACCUGAUGGGGGGGAACCUGAUGGGGACGAACCUGAUGGGGACGAACCUGAUGGGGACGAACCUGAUGGGGACGAACCUGAUGGGGACGAACCUGAUGGGGACGAACCUGAUGGGGACGAACCUGAUGGGGACGAACCUGAUGGGGACGAACCUGAUGGGGACGAACCUGAUGGGGACGAACCUGAUGGGGACGAACCUGAUGGGGACGAACCUGAUGGGGACGAACCUGAUGGGGACGAACCUGAUGGGGACGAACCUGAUGGGGACGAACCUGAUGGGGACGAACCUGAUGGGGACGAACCUGAUGGGGACGAACCUGAUGGGGACGAACCUGAUGGGGACGAACCUGAUGGGGACGAACCUGAUGGGGACGAACCUGAUGGGGACGAACCUGAUGGGGACGAACCUGAUGGGGACGAACCUGAUGGGGACGAACCUGAUGGGGACGAACCUGAUGGGGACGAACCUGAUGGGGACGAACCUGAUGGGGACGAACCUGAUGGGGACGAACCUGAUGGGGACGAACCUGAUGGGGACGAACCUGAUGGGGACGAACCUGAUGGGGACGAACCUGAUGGGGACGAACCUGAUGGGGACGAACCUGAUGGGGACGAACCUGAUGGGGACGAACCUGAUGGGGACGAACCUGAUGGGGACGAACCUGAUGGGGACGAACCUGAUGGGGACGAACCUGAUGGGGACGAACCUGAUGGGGACGAACCUGAUGGGGACGAACCUGAUGGGGACGAACCUGAUGGGGACGAACCUGAUGGGGACGAACCUGAUGGGGACGAACCUGAUGGGGACGAACCUGAUGGGGACGAACCUGAUGGGGACGAACCUGAUGGGGACGAACCUGAUGGGGACGAACCUGAUGGGGACGAACCUGAUGGGGACGAACCUGAUGGGGACGAACCUGAUGGGGACGAACCUGAUGGGGACGAACCUGAUGGGGACGAACCUGAUGGGGACGAACCUGAUGGGGACGAACCUGAUGGGGACGAACCUGAUGGGGACGAACCUGAUGGGGACGAACCUGAUGGGGACGAACCUGAUGGGGACGAACCUGAUGGGGACGAACCUGAUGGGGACGAACCUGAUGGGGACGAACCUGAUGGGGACGAACCUGAUGGGGACGAACCUGAUGGGGACGAACCUGAUGGGGACGAACCUGAUGGGGACGAACCUGAUGGGGACGAACCUGAUGGGGACGAACCUGAUGGGGACGAACCUGAUGGGGACGAACCUGAUGGGGACGAACCUGAUGGGGACGAACCUGAUGGGGACGAACCUGAUGGGGACGAACCUGAUGGGGACGAACCUGAUGGGGACGAACCUGAUGGGGACGAACCUGAUGGGGACGAACCUGAUGGGGACGAACCUGAUGGGGACGAACCUGAUGGGGACGAACCUGAUGGGGACGAACCUGAUGGGGACGAACCUGAUGGGGACGAACCUGAUGGGGACGAACCUGAUGGGGACGAACCUGAUGGGGACGAACCUGAUGGGGACGAACCUGAUGGGGACGAACCUGAUGGGGACGAACCUGAUGGGGACGAACCUGAUGGGGACGAACCUGAUGGGGACGAACCUGAUGGGGACGAACCUGAUGGGGACGAACCUGAUGGGGACGAACCUGAUGGGGACGAACCUGAUGGGGACGAACCUGAUGGGGACGAACCUGAUGGGGACGAACCUGAUGGGGACGAACCUGAUGGGGACGAACCUGAUGGGGACGAACCUGAUGGGGACGAACCUGAUGGGGACGAACCUGAUGGGGACGAACCUGAUGGGGACGAACCUGAUGGGGACGAACCUGAUGGGGACGAACCUGAUGGGGACGAACCUGAUGGGGACGAACCUGAUGGGGACGAACCUGAUGGGGACGAACCUGAUGGGGACGAACCUGAUGGGGACGAACCUGAUGGGGACGAACCUGAUGGGGACGAACCUGAUGGGGACGAACCUGAUGGGGACGAACCUGAUGGGGACGAACCUGAUGGGGACGAACCUGAUGGGGACGAACCUGAUGGGGACGAACCUGAUGGGGACGAACCUGAUGGGGACGAACCUGAUGGGGACGAACCUGAUGGGGACGAACCUGAUGGGGACGAACCUGAUGGGGACGAACCUGAUGGGGACGAACCUGAUGGGGACGAACCUGAUGGGGACGAACCUGAUGGGGACGAACCUGAUGGGGACGAACCUGAUGGGGACGAACCUGAUGGGGACGAACCUGAUGGGGACGAACCUGAUGGGGACGAACCUGAUGGGGACGAACCUGAUGGGGACGAACCUGAUGGGGACGAACCUGAUGGGGACGAACCUGAUGGGGACGAACCUGAUGGGGACGAACCUGAUGGGGACGAACCUGAUGGGGACGAACCUGAUGGGGACGAACCUGAUGGGGACGAACCUGAUGGGGACGAACCUGAUGGGGACGAACCUGAUGGGGACGAACCUGAUGGGGACGAACCUGAUGGGGACGAACCUGAUGGGGACGAACCUGAUGGGGACGAACCUGAUGGGGACGAACCUGAUGGGGACGAACCUGAUGGGGACGAACCUGAUGGGGACGAACCUGAUGGGGACGAACCUGAUGGGGACGAACCUGAUGGGGACGAACCUGAUGGGGACGAACCUGAUGGGGACGAACCUGAUGGGGACGAACCUGAUGGGGACGAACCUGAUGGGGACGAACCUGAUGGGGACGAACCUGAUGGGGACGAACCUGAUGGGGACGAACCUGAUGGGGACGAACCUGAUGGGGACGAACCUGAUGGGGACGAACCUGAUGGGGACGAACCUGAUGGGGACGAACCUGAUGGGGACGAACCUGAUGGGGACGAACCUGAUGGGGACGAACCUGAUGGGGACGAACCUGAUGGGGACGAACCUGAUGGGGACGAACCUGAUGGGGACGAACCUGAUGGGGACGAACCUGAUGGGGACGAACCUGAUGGGGACGAACCUGAUGGGGACGAACCUGAUGGGGACGAACCUGAUGGGGACGAACCUGAUGGGGACGAACCUGAUGGGGACGAACCUGAUGGGGACGAACCUGAUGGGGACGAACCUGAUGGGGACGAACCUGAUGGGGACGAACCUGAUGGGGACGAACCUGAUGGGGACGAACCUGAUGGGGACGAACCUGAUGGGGACGAACCUGAUGGGGACGAACCUGAUGGGGACGAACCUGAUGGGGACGAACCUGAUGGGGACGAACCUGAUGGGGACGAACCUGAUGGGGACGAACCUGAUGGGGACGAACCUGAUGGGGACGAACCUGAUGGGGACGAACCUGAUGGGGACGAACCUGAUGGGGACGAACCUGAUGGGGACGAACCUGAUGGGGACGAACCUGAUGGGGACGAACCUGAUGGGGACGAACCUGAUGGGGACGAACCUGAUGGGGACGAACCUGAUGGGGACGAACCUGAUGGGGACGAACCUGAUGGGGACGAACCUGAUGGGGACGAACCUGAUGGGGACGAACCUGAUGGGGACGAACCUGAUGGGGACGAACCUGAUGGGGACGAACCUGAUGGGGACGAACCUGAUGGGGACGAACCUGAUGGGGACGAACCUGAUGGGGACGAACCUGAUGGGGACGAACCUGAUGGGGACGAACCUGAUGGGGACGAACCUGAUGGGGACGAACCUGAUGGGGACGAACCUGAUGGGGACGAACCUGAUGGGGACGAACCUGAUGGGGACGAACCUGAUGGGGACGAACCUGAUGGGGACGAACCUGAUGGGGACGAACCUGAUGGGGACGAACCUGAUGGGGACGAACCUGAUGGGGACGAACCUGAUGGGGACGAACCUGAUGGGGACGAACCUGAUGGGGACGAACCUGAUGGGGACGAACCUGAUGGGGACGAACCUGAUGGGGACGAACCUGAUGGGGACGAACCUGAUGGGGACGAACCUGAUGGGGACGAACCUGAUGGGGACGAACCUGAUGGGGACGAACCUGAUGGGGACGAACCUGAUGGGGACGAACCUGAUGGGGACGAACCUGAUGGGGACGAACCUGAUGGGGACGAACCUGAUGGGGACGAACCUGAUGGGGACGAACCUGAUGGGGACGAACCUGAUGGGGACGAACCUGAUGGGGACGAACCUGAUGGGGACGAACCUGAUGGGGACGAACCUGAUGGGGACGAACCUGAUGGGGACGAACCUGAUGGGGACGAACCUGAUGGGGACGAACCUGAUGGGGACGAACCUGAUGGGGACGAACCUGAUGGGGACGAACCUGAUGGGGACGAACCUGAUGGGGACGAACCUGAUGGGGACGAACCUGAUGGGGACGAACCUGAUGGGGACGAACCUGAUGGGGACGAACCUGAUGGGGACGAACCUGAUGGGGACGAACCUGAUGGGGACGAACCUGAUGGGGACGAACCUGAUGGGGACGAACCUGAUGGGGACGAACCUGAUGGGGACGAACCUGAUGGGGACGAACCUGAUGGGGACGAACCUGAUGGGGACGAACCUGAUGGGGACGAACCUGAUGGGGACGAACCUGAUGGGGACGAACCUGAUGGGGACGAACCUGAUGGGGACGAACCUGAUGGGGACGAACCUGAUGGGGACGAACCUGAUGGGGACGAACCUGAUGGGGACGAACCUGAUGGGGACGAACCUGAUGGGGACGAACCUGAUGGGGACGAACCUGAUGGGGACGAACCUGAUGGGGACGAACCUGAUGGGGACGAACCUGAUGGGGACGAACCUGAUGGGGACGAACCUGAUGGGGACGAACCUGAUGGGGACGAACCUGAUGGGGACGAACCUGAUGGGGACGAACCUGAUGGGGACGAACCUGAUGGGGACGAACCUGAUGGGGACGAACCUGAUGGGGACGAACCUGAUGGGGACGAACCUGAUGGGGACGAACCUGAUGGGGACGAACCUGAUGGGGACGAACCUGAUGGGGACGAACCUGAUGGGGACGAACCUGAUGGGGACGAACCUGAUGGGGACGAACCUGAUGGGGACGAACCUGAUGGGGACGAACCUGAUGGGGACGAACCUGAUGGGGACGAACCUGAUGGGGACGAACCUGAUGGGGACGAACCUGAUGGGGACGAACCUGAUGGGGACGAACCUGAUGGGGACGAACCUGAUGGGGACGAACCUGAUGGGGACGAACCUGAUGGGGACGAACCUGAUGGGGACGAACCUGAUGGGGACGAACCUGAUGGGGACGAACCUGAUGGGGACGAACCUGAUGGGGACGAACCUGAUGGGGACGAACCUGAUGGGGACGAACCUGAUGGGGACGAACCUGAUGGGGACGAACCUGAUGGGGACGAACCUGAUGGGGACGAACCUGAUGGGGACGAACCUGAUGGGGACGAACCUGAUGGGGACGAACCUGAUGGGGACGAACCUGAUGGGGACGAACCUGAUGGGGACGAACCUGAUGGGGACGAACCUGAUGGGGACGAACCUGAUGGGGACGAACCUGAUGGGGACGAACCUGAUGGGGACGAACCUGAUGGGGACGAACCUGAUGGGGACGAACCUGAUGGGGACGAACCUGAUGGGGACGAACCUGAUGGGGACGAACCUGAUGGGGACGAACCUGAUGGGGACGAACCUGAUGGGGACGAACCUGAUGGGGACGAACCUGAUGGGGACGAACCUGAUGGGGACGAACCUGAUGGGGACGAACCUGAUGGGGACGAACCUGAUGGGGACGAACCUGAUGGGGACGAACCUGAUGGGGACGAACCUGAUGGGGACGAACCUGAUGGGGACGAACCUGAUGGGGACGAACCUGAUGGGGACGAACCUGAUGGGGACGAACCUGAUGGGGACGAACCUGAUGGGGACGAACCUGAUGGGGACGAACCUGAUGGGGACGAACCUGAUGGGGACGAACCUGAUGGGGACGAACCUGAUGGGGACGAACCUGAUGGGGACGAACCUGAUGGGGACGAACCUGAUGGGGACGAACCUGAUGGGGACGAACCUGAUGGGGACGAACCUGAUGGGGACGAACCUGAUGGGGACGAACCUGAUGGGGACGAACCUGAUGGGGACGAACCUGAUGGGGACGAACCUGAUGGGGACGAACCUGAUGGGGACGAACCUGAUGGGGACGAACCUGAUGGGGACGAACCUGAUGGGGACGAACCUGAUGGGGACGAACCUGAUGGGGACGAACCUGAUGGGGACGAACCUGAUGGGGACGAACCUGAUGGGGACGAACCUGAUGGGGACGAACCUGAUGGGGACGAACCUGAUGGGGACGAACCUGAUGGGGACGAACCUGAUGGGGACGAACCUGAUGGGGACGAACCUGAUGGGGACGAACCUGAUGGGGACGAACCUGAUGGGGACGAACCUGAUGGGGACGAACCUGAUGGGGACGAACCUGAUGGGGACGAACCUGAUGGGGACGAACCUGAUGGGGACGAACCUGAUGGGGACGAACCUGAUGGGGACGAACCUGAUGGGGACGAACCUGAUGGGGACGAACCUGAUGGGGACGAACCUGAUGGGGACGAACCUGAUGGGGACGAACCUGAUGGGGACGAACCUGAUGGGGACGAACCUGAUGGGGACGAACCUGAUGGGGACGAACCUGAUGGGGACGAACCUGAUGGGGACGAACCUGAUGGGGACGAACCUGAUGGGGACGAACCUGAUGGGGACGAACCUGAUGGGGACGAACCUGAUGGGGACGAACCUGAUGGGGACGAACCUGAUGGGGACGAACCUGAUGGGGACGAACCUGAUGGGGACGAACCUGAUGGGGACGAACCUGAUGGGGACGAACCUGAUGGGGACGAACCUGAUGGGGACGAACCUGAUGGGGACGAACCUGAUGGGGACGAACCUGAUGGGGACGAACCUGAUGGGGACGAACCUGAUGGGGACGAACCUGAUGGGGACGAACCUGAUGGGGACGAACCUGAUGGGGACGAACCUGAUGGGGACGAACCUGAUGGGGACGAACCUGAUGGGGACGAACCUGAUGGGGACGAACCUGAUGGGGACGAACCUGAUGGGGACGAACCUGAUGGGGACGAACCUGAUGGGGACGAACCUGAUGGGGACGAACCUGAUGGGGACGAACCUGAUGGGGACGAACCUGAUGGGGACGAACCUGAUGGGGACGAACCUGAUGGGGACGAACCUGAUGGGGACGAACCUGAUGGGGACGAACCUGAUGGGGACGAACCUGAUGGGGACGAACCUGAUGGGGACGAACCUGAUGGGGACGAACCUGAUGGGGACGAACCUGAUGGGGACGAACCUGAUGGGGACGAACCUGAUGGGGACGAACCUGAUGGGGACGAACCUGAUGGGGACGAACCUGAUGGGGACGAACCUGAUGGGGACGAACCUGAUGGGGACGAACCUGAUGGGGACGAACCUGAUGGGGACGAACCUGAUGGGGACGAACCUGAUGGGGACGAACCUGAUGGGGACGAACCUGAUGGGGACGAACCUGAUGGGGACGAACCUGAUGGGGACGAACCUGAUGGGGACGAACCUGAUGGGGACGAACCUGAUGGGGACGAACCUGAUGGGGACGAACCUGAUGGGGACGAACCUGAUGGGGACGAACCUGAUGGGGACGAACCUGAUGGGGACGAACCUGAUGGGGACGAACCUGAUGGGGACGAACCUGAUGGGGACGAACCUGAUGGGGACGAACCUGAUGGGGAGGAACCUGAUGGGGGGAACCUGAUGGGGACGAACCUGAUGGGGACGAACCUGAUGGGGACGAACCUGAUGGGGACGAACCUGAUGGGGACGAACCUGAUGGGGACGAACCUGAUGGGGACGAACCUGAUGGGGACGAACCUGAUGGGGACGAACCUGAUGGGGACGAACCUGAUGGGGACGAACCUGAUGGGGACGAACCUGAUGGGGACGAACCUGAUGGGGACGAACCUGAUGGGGACGAACCUGAUGGGGACGAACCUGAUGGGGACGAACCUGAUGGGGACGAACCUGAUGGGGACGAACCUGAUGGGGACGAACCUGAUGGGGACGAACCUGAUGGGGACGAACCUGAUGGGGACGAACCUGAUGGGGACGAACCUGAUGGGGACGAACCUGAUGGGGACGAACCUGAUGGGGACGAACCUGAUGGGGACGAACCUGAUGGGGACGAACCUGAUGGGGACGAACCUGAUGGGGACGAACCUGAUGGGGACGAACCUGAUGGGGACGAACCUGAUGGGGACGAACCUGAUGGGGACGAACCUGAUGGGGACGAACCUGAUGGGGACGAACCUGAUGGGGACGAACCUGAUGGGGACGAACCUGAUGGGGACGAACCUGAUGGGGACGAACCUGAUGGGGACGAACCUGAUGGGGACGAACCUGAUGGGGACGAACCUGAUGGGGACGAACCUGAUGGGGACGAACCUGAUGGGGACGAACCUGAUGGGGACGAACCUGAUGGGGACGAACCUGAUGGGGACGAACCUGAUGGGGACGAACCUGAUGGGGACGAACCUGAUGGGGACGAACCUGAUGGGGACGAACCUGAUGGGGACGAACCUGAUGGGGACGAACCUGAUGGGGACGAACCUGAUGGGGACGAACCUGAUGGGGACGAACCUGAUGGGGACGAACCUGAUGGGGACGAACCUGAUGGGGACGAACCUGAUGGGGACGAACCUGAUGGGGACGAACCUGAUGGGGACGAACCUGAUGGGGACGAACCUGAUGGGGAGGAACCUGAUGGGGAGGAACCUGAUGGGGAGGAACCUGAUGGGGAGGAACCUGAUGGGGGGAACCUGA